GUUGUUUUCAAAUUUAAAAUUAUUGUGAAAACGUUUUUGUUGGAUGAUGGAAUGAAAAACAGAAAAUUUUUGCAAAGUGAGAACUUUUAAACUUGUAAACUGGGAUUGUAUUGAAGGAAAGAAAUUUGUACUUGUGGAAGGACGAACUUUGGUGCACUCGAUAUUGUCCUGAAACGAUCCAAGAACUUUUGUUGCAUUGCAAGUAUGCUAUAUGUGCAUGUGCACGCUGUUUUACAAAUGCAAGGAAGUUGUUUCAAACUAUUCAUGAAUUUUCAUAGUUUAUGAACUACUUAUAGCCAGUAAAAAAUAACUUCAUUACUUUUCUUGCCAUUUCAUGAUUGGAGCUGUCAACGACAUUUAUCACAAGAACAAUCUGCAAAUGGAAGAAAGCACCGGCUCAACCUUCAUGCAAUCCUAGCAGAUCGCUUGUGAUAGCAGUAAUGUAAAUUUAAGUAUUAUUUCAGGUAGCGGAUUGAUGUGGAUCAGAAAGUGGGCAGAUAAAGGGUUUAUUUGCCGCUUUCUUCUUUCAUAAUGAAGUAUUAAGAUGGCAACAGCUAUAUGCGUUUGUCAGCUGUCAUCAAAGCAGUACUGCAUCUCAGACUGCUAUGAGAAAGAAGAAAAAUCGAGCACGGCUGGAAUAACUCGAACCGAUAAGCAAGCAAUCUUGGGGAAAUUCCAAUCAACCUGGAAACGUUCAAUCACCAAAUUACGUGGUAACGGAACUGAACUGUUGAAGAUAUGAACAGAAGAAAAAUUUUCAGAAAAAUUCUCCUGAUCGAUGAAUGCAUUUCAGUUCGCUAUCAAAGCAUAAUUAAAGUGAUCGAUCAUGGGAAAUUUUCGCUCACAAUCUCAAACUUGGAAAUGUUGAACGGAACUUUCAAAGAUUUGUACCAAAAAUUUAUUCACAGAAGCUGUGUGAAUGCCUUUCAUGGCAGUAUUUCAAUGGUUUCAAUAGUUUCUGCAGCAGUUUUUUCAAUCCAUCUUUGUGACCCAAGUUACAACAAAAAUGAGUCCGUUUUGCUUCAG